GGGCACUCCCACCUGUCGAUCGAGCGCGUGAGCGCAAGGCGUGCCCGCCAGCAGCCACCCCAUAGCCCUGCAUUUCGAUCACCUAGGCGCCUCCAUACGGCAUGACAGCUGCAUGAAGCAUACUCACCUCACAACGCCCCAAACCAUACAUCACUGCUGGAGAUUUGCCCGCCUGGAUCUCCGCUUCGAGCGCUCUCAAGCAUGUCUCGCAGCCUUCUCCACAUCUCAUGCUGUAUCGUGCAUUCUUCAGACAGACGACUUGCAAUUACUCACAUCGAUAUUAGGCUGCUGGCAAGGCUUUCAUCAAAGUCAUGCGUGGUGACGUCUUUCCGAUUCCUUACCGUCAGCCUUGAUCACCCGCGCUUGCAAGGAGGGGUGGGAUCCGUAUUGAAGUGCAACAUGAAUGCGAGGCACAAGUAAGCCAGCCAGCAGGUCAUUCCUUGAGCAGGAUUGUCCACGCCGUCGAGAGCGAACAGCUGCGACUCCUAAAUUCAUU